AUGUCGCACAUUUCACAAACAGCGCGUCGGCUGUUCCGGUCGCAACCCCUUUCAGCAUUCAGAACAUACUCGCCUGCGGCGCCUAUUGCCCGUCUCCAUGAACAACACCCAAACCGGUCGGCGGUCGUUCAUGACCAAGCACUCCCUAGCCAAACCGACGGAUCCCCAUUACUGUCUCAGACCCAGUCAUUGCACAACGAACGGACAGGCCUCGACAAACUUGUUUCCCAUGUCCCUCUCGUCCAGAAAUUGCGCGGAACCCAGAGCACCUACAAGGAAACACGUCCCCAUCUUGCAAUCCCGCCACACCUUAGACAGCAUCACUUCGUGGGCGGCAGCUUGACUGGUGUAGGCAAGCUUGCAUUCGCACCAUAUAUGUGGCUCUCGACCGGCAAGUCUGGGACAGGGACCGACAGUGCCGACCGAGCCAGCAGCGUUGUAUCAGUAUUCCAUAUCGGCCAGGACGUCUGUGGUCACCCUGGCUUUGUCCAUGGUGGUCUUCUCACUGUUCUUUUUGAUGAGGUGUUUGCGCGCUGUGUCUCUGCGGCUUUCCCCAGCGGGCUGGGCAUGACGGCGAAUCUUAAUGUGGAUUUCCGAAAGCCAGCUCUUCCCGACCGAAUGUAUGUGAUGCGCACAAAGACGGUUAAGGUCGAGGGCAGGAAGGCCUGGGUUGAGGGCCGCAUGACUUAUCUUCCUUUGACCGUGCCCCUGUCUGCGGACGGGCAUACCAUUGUUCCUGAUGCUAGUCUGCUGCAUGAGGACAGUGAAGGCGCGGUAAUGGUUGCUGAGGCUAAGGCUUUGUUUAUUGAGCCCAAGUUUGCAGACUCUAUGGUGUCGGUUUAUUCGAGCUAG